AUGGUUACUACUCGCUCAGUUUCGAAAAAAAAUCCUAAAUCUCCCGCUAAAAUCCCUAAACGAAAGAAUCCAGCGAUGAAACGGAAGAUUGAUUUUGUGGAGACUGCAACUACUGAAAUGAGAGUUUCAGAUGAUCAUGAUGACGAUGACGACGAUUUCCAGGAAGUUCCGAUGCAAGUUAAGAAAAAAUUGAAAUCAAACUUUUCUGUUGGUGAAAGUUCUAAAGCUAUUAGAAAUGUUAAGGAUUGGGACUAUUUCAUUAGGCCUCAUGAGCAUUUUCCGCACAAGAUUAUUCACAAUGCUGGUGUUUCUGUCAUUUCAAAUAUCAAAAAUCUUUUACAACCUGAAACUUUAGAAAGGUUUUCAAAAUUUGUUUUUGGAUAUUUUUUACGCAUGAAAGAGUAUAAACUUCAAGGGCAGUUGAUUCACUGUUUACUGCUUAGAGAAGUUAAACAGCCUGUUAAAUAUGAGUUGUGGAUUAAGGUGUCAGGAAAGUUUCUUAAGUUUUCAAUUGACGAAUUUGCUUUAAUAACCGGUUUGAAAGUUAAUGGCAGUGUUGAUUUUAAGUCUCAGAAUACUGUGUCUUCUGACUUUAGAAAAAACUGUUUUGGAAAUGUAAGGAAAGUUUCAAAAAAGUUUUUGGAGGAUAGCUUUGUUUCUAAGCGUUGGAAUAACGAGGAAGAGGCUUUUCAGAUGGCUGUUUUGUAUUUUAUUGAGAAUUUUCUAUAUAACAACAAAGAUGAGUCAAAUGUUCGUGAUAAGCAUUUUGAUCUUGUUUGCAGUGGGGAAUUUGAAAAUUAUCCUUGGGGGAAGGAUUUGUUUCAUUUUACAAUCGAGUAUUUGAAAAGUAAACUGAGUACUUGGAAAAAUUGUGAUUUUUUAAAGAGAAAAGGUUCAAAAACUGGUCAUCCUAGUUCCUCUAGAUAUGAUGGAUUCCCUUUGGCUUUCCAAACCUGGUUUUUUGAGUGUUGCCCUACAAUUGAAAGCGCAGUUGCUUCUAGUUCAGGAAAUGAAAUUCCUCGUAUACUGCGGUGGGAGGUGUUAGAGGUCCAAGAACGCUCGUAUUUCUUGCGAAAUCUGUUUGAUCAAACUGCUGACCAGUUGCAAUUAAGCAAUAUACAUCCCACUGGCGAGGAAAGGUCAGCGCUGGAUUUAAAAGGUUUGUUUGUCAAAGGAAAGCGUAAAGUUGAAAAUGAGCCAGAAGCGAGUGAAGGGGUUUCAAUGAAAACUAAAAUUCAUAAAUUGUUUUGGGAUCAAUCUAAGUUCUACCAUGAGUUUCAGAAUUUCAAGAUAUUUGUAGAGACUCAGUUCUCUGGUAUUAAUACUCAGUUUGGUGAACUGAAAGAUUUGAUAAAAAAUAUUGUUGGUGGACAACCUAUUGAGGUUGAAGAUGAUGAGAAUGGUGUCAAUGAUUUUCAUCGUAAUGAUGACAACGAGAAAGAGGAGGAUAAUAACAAAGUCAAAGAUAAUAAGAAAGAAGAAAGUGAUGAUGAUGAUGAUGAAGAGGACGAUGGUGUUGGUAAUUUUGCUUCUGAUUCCGUUGUGAGUGAGAGGUUUAAUUAUGAAUAUAUGAUGGAUGAUGAUGAUAUUAUUGGUAGUGGUGAAAAAAAAUGUGAUGAGGGUCACAAUGUUACAAAAGAUAAUAUCGAGGUAUUUUCACUGCAUCAUGGUUCAACUUCCAAUGUUGAAGAAGGCAACACUCAAAGUACUGUAGGUGUAGCAACUUCGUCUACAUUAAAUUCCAUCGAUCUUAGUGCCCUUGAGGAAGCUGCUGUUCUUAAAAUGGAAUUUGAAAAAGAUUAUGCUGUUCCUUCCGCUGAGGCUGGUGAGAAAUAUGCAAAUUAUGAUGGUGUUAACAUCAACAAUGAAAAUGAAGAUUCUGAAGAUGACAAUAAAGAUAAUGAUGGUAAUGACGAUGAUAAUGAAAAUGAUGAAGGUAAGACUAAAGAAGAUGGUAAGAAAUCGGAUGAAGACGAAGAUAAUGACAAGAACGAUGGUUCAGGUCAUGGAAAUGUCGCAGGUCAUGGAAAUGUCGCUGAUGAUAGUGGACAUGAGCAGCAGGGCGAUGUUGAUAAGGGCGAGAAAAAAUCUGAUGAGGGUCAUAUAGUUUUUAAAGAGGUUGACGGAGCUGUGAAAUAUAGCGGAAAGGGUUUCUGUUUUGAUAGCGGUCCAAGUUUUAAGUUUGAUGAAUUAAGUAGUCAAAGUACCCUAGGGGCAGAAACCUGCUCUACUUUCAAUUCUAGCGAACUUAGUGCCAUUACGAAAGCUGCAGAGCUUGCUGAGAAAGAAGCUGCUGAUAAGAAGUUGGGCCGUGAGCUUGCUGAGAAAGAAGCUGCUGAUAAGAAGUUGGACCAUGGCGUUGACGAGGAUUUAGGAUUUGAUGAGUCGUUACUGUCUGAUAUGGUUGAUAAGAUUGAAAAGGAAGCUACUCAUGCCCUUUUGCAAAAGGAAGCUGCUGGUCUUGUUGAAAAACAAGAAUCUGAGGAUAAUCGUUCCGAGGUAUAUCUUUUAGGUUGCUGUUUUUUUAAUUUUUGUUUUUUUUAUUAUUCGCAUAUUAAUACUUUAUUAAUAAAUUCUUUUAUGCUUUUUAUAUAGAUAAAGAAGGCAUCUCUGAAAGAAAUUGCUGUAUAUCGAGGCAGUCCAUCUGAGGUAGUACUUGUUUUUUAUAUUUUUAUGUUUUUGUUUUACUUUUUAUUUUCUAAGUGUUUACUAGUGGUUUACUAUUCAUUAUCACAAUUUAUAUUUUUCUAAAUGUUUUCUAACUGUUUACUAUUCAUUACCAUAUUUAUUUUAUUAAUACUAACUGUCAUUUAAUCAUUGCAUUCUCUUUUUCUUUUUAACUAUAGCAAAUUGCAAAGAUUGCCUCUAAAUUGAAAGUUGCGGAUGUGGUGCCUCUAUCAUUUAUUAAGGCUAAGCAGGAUGUGAUUCUUAAGAAGGGAUUAGAUCCUCUUGAUUAUGAUGUUAUCAGAGAUACUUGUUAUGCGGGACAGAUGGAGUUUAAUAACUGGGUUGACGCUAAAUUUGAGUAAGUCUUUUAAGUGUGCUAUGUUAUUUUUACCAAUUUUUGAUA